AUGAGGGGCACGACGCUGGCCUUGUUGGCUCUCCUGGUCAUGGCAUGUGAAGGACGAGGAGAAGGCAACACCGUGAAGCUCUGCGGGAGAGACUUUGUCAGAGCCGUCGUCUUCACCUGCGGUGGCUCUCGGUGGAAAAGGCAUUUGACUGAUUAUCAUUACCUGUUUGAGAGCGAAAAUCCCCUGCCCUUCUCACAAGAGAACAAUGGUUAUGCCGAUGUCUUGACAUACACAGACCAGAGGCUGGAGACUGACAGUGAAGAAACCCACCAUGUCAAGCCCGAGAUGGAGCAAGACUUGCAACGCACCAGGAAAACGUCUGUGCUAAAAAAACGCGAAGCAGCCAAGUUGCUCACCACAUCCUGCUGCAGCAUCGGCUGCAGCGAGAGAGAGAUCAGUUCCCUGUGCUGA